CAGUCUCUUUGUUUGUACCUGUUCUUCUAUUGUACAUCAUUGAACUUUAUCCAAGGGAUACCCAUCAACUAUAAAUCGUCAAAAGACCGACAGUCAAGAUCGCGGGUGGCCAAAUCCAUCACGCACCUUCAUGUAGUUGGAAAUGCUCCGACCAAUAGAGUACGCGCCCAGUUACUUUCAAGGACCGGCUAUUUCUUGGAAAUUCUAGCCAACGGAACCAUUAAUACAACACUGAACAAUUCAUCAAAUUACAGUAAGUGAGUGAUUUUACUAAAAAUAGUCAGUGCAGUUGAGAGAUAAUUUUGCGAUUGCUUUGCUUUUACAGUCAACUGCCUCAUUGGCGACCGCCCUCUUAAGCGCCCACUUAGAAAAUAACCGCUCUAUUUCUCAGUCAAAUACUGUUAAAAAAAAAUCGUAAGCGACCACUACUUAAAUUUCUUAAACGACCGAGACCACUUUUAGGCCUGGAAUUUGACUUAUUCUCUUGUUUUCUGUUUCCCAUAUAAGCGACCACUCGGCGGCAUGAUUACCUAUGAGUGUAAAAAUAUCCUUCAGCUUGCAUGUCACAAAAGUUCACUUUUUUACUAGCGCUGAUAAAGUGCAAUGAAAGCAUGUGAGUUACAAAAAAAAAUGGCUGUGUUGCGGACUGUUCUAAAAGGUAUAAACUUAUGUAAUUACUUUAAUCAGUUCAAUUUGAGCUCAUUCGCUUGAGUUUUUCCGUAGACGACCACCUCCCGUGAGCGACCACUUUGUCGUGCACCAAGGGCGGUCUCAGCCUGCGAACAGCAGACGUAUUUCCCGUCGUCGCUUCUCGGAGGGAGAGAAGCGACGACCGGAAAUGCGUCUGCUGUUAACAGGCUAGGGUGGUCUCUAAUGAGAGGGUUGACUUUUGUAGCAUUGUCUUACCAUAGUACGCAUUUGCGAACCUGAGUUAAUGUCGAAAGAUUUACCGAUUAUUAGACGAGGCUGAGUGUCAUCUGAAGAAUUAUUCAGAUCAUACAAGCCUCAUACAAGUAACAAUGUCAGUUAGGUUGAUCUUAAACCAAUUUAGGCCAUUGGUGUACCUUGCCACGAGAAGACAUUACACUCAACAUAUACUGGACUGCGGCCUUGCUAAGCUCUAAUACCAGCCCUUUUGUGUCUCCCAGUCCCUUCGUUUCUCGUGGGGGAGCUACUCACCAACGUAUUGUUAAGAAAUCUCAGCCCCCAGGUCCAACCCCGUACCCGUUUAUAUAAAAUUUGGGUAAAAGUGAAACUCCUUCCACAUACCUGAUACACUGAAACAUGAUGCCCCUGUCACAUACCUAGAAACAAUAUUUCUUCUUUUCAUUUUAUGAUACAACUAUAAGUUGCAUCGAUUCCAAAUAUUUCAGUAUAAGACCCUUUUGAAUAGCUCAAUUAAAAAUUUCGCUUCCCUUUCAUAAACUUCUACUUAAGAAAUCCCCACCCUUUUAUAGUACCCGAAAUCCUGAAUAACGUACCCCUUUCUGGCGGGGCCUCCCCAUAUGGGCCAUCACAGGGAGUAUCCUCUGGUAUUUGCUGUUGGAAAGAGGAUGCUAGCCGGCUGAAAAUUGAUCCUACAUCCGUGCACUUGGAACUGGCGGGACCAGGAACCCGCUAUAUUCCGUGCCUGCCUGUUUUGUGCAGAGGACGUGUUUUAACCAAUUCUUCUGUGAGGGAAGUACAGCUUCUUUCAUGUCAGUUUGAACUUAUCAACAACAUUUUUUGUUUUAUUCUUUAGCAAUUUUAGAAAUCCAAACAUACAACAAAACGCUAAAAAGAUUUUUAGGAGUACACUGUGGUUGUUACCUCGCUUAUGAGGAUAGAGGCAAGAGAAGAGGAAAAUUUAUAGGAACAGUAAGUUUUUAGAAACAUUUUUUAACAUUUAGUUAGAUCAACGUAUCAGUAUUGUAGUGCAACGAUUCCAACUAGUGUCACCCAACAUUGAAUGGGCCAAUCAUAGCUCACGUCCUCGACGAAGUAUCGAGUAUGAACAGGUCGUAGUACUAUGAUGUAAAAUUUCUGAUUAAAAAGGUUUUAUCUGAAUGAUAACACCGUAUGAUUUUAUCCCUAGAUUCCAAAGUCAGAAUAACAAAAUACCUCACCAUAAAUCGCCCUAAGAGUCAAUGGUUUAAACUAUACUUUAGAUUUAUCCCUCUCCCCUACCAGCUGUAACAUUCUAACCCAGAUUAUUUCUGUUUUUUUUUGUUUUCAGAAAAAAAAAACAAACGACUCUUUGUUCCUGGAACUAUUUGAAGAAAAUAGUUUUACAACUUAUAGGCCGCUAACAUAUCCACGUCAACAUAACGACACGGGGUAUCUGGCAAUUAAAGAAAACGGAAAGUUUAGAAGAGUAGACAGAUCAAAGGCCGGCAUGCAGGCGUCACAGUUCAACAUUCUAGAGAUAAAAUAG